AUGAACGUUGCCUCGCCUCCACUACCCCUCCGUAGUAAACUAUUUCCAAUCGUUUUGUGGGCCCAGAAAAAGGACUGCCUGUACCUGACCAUAGAGCUCCAGGAUCCGGAGGACACCAAAAUUGACUUGAAAGAAGACAAGUUAUAUUUUUACGGAAAAAAAGAAAAAAAUGAAUACGAGUUUACCCUAAACUUUUUAAAACCAAUAAAUGUAGAAGAGUCCAAGUACAGCACCAAGAGAAAUAUAAAGUUUAAAAUUAUAAAAAAGGAAAAGGAAAGAUGGAAGACCAUAAAUAAUGAUGGUAAGAAGCACUGGGUGAAAUGUGACUGGAACUCCUGGGUUGAUACUGAUGAGGAAAAUAAAACAACAGAAUAUGACGACAUGGCAAUGAAUAGCUUUGGUGGUAUGGGAGGCAUGCCAGAUAUGAGUCAAUUUGGAAACAUGCCAGGAAUGGGAGGUCUUGGAGGUAUGCCCGGAAUGGGCGGUAUGCCAGGAAUGGGAGGCAUGCCAGGAAUGGGCGAUUUGGAUUUUAGUAAGCUAGGAAAUAUGGGUGAUGAUAUGGCCAAUUUUUCAGGCCUAGGAGGAAUGGACCAGUUUAAGAACAUGCCUAAUAUGAGUGGCAUGAAUGAUGACGACUCCAGUUCGUAUGGCGAUGACACCAGUGAUGAUGACGAUGAUGAAGAUGAUGAGGAGGAAGACGAGGACGAUGUUGAUAGCAAAAAUGAUGCAGAUAAAAUUCACGAGUGCAAGGACGCCAAGUGCAACAUGGAGAAGGAUGGCAUGCAUGACGAAGAAGCCAAAGUUCAGGACCCAAUUGUGGAGGUGCAAGAACCGGUAGCAUAG